AUGGUAAUGAUGAAUGAGGAAUAUAUUGCACUUACCAAGCCUCAAUACUUUUUUAUUGUUGCUUGUGCAUUUUUAGGUACUUUAGGUGUUAUGGGAUGGUGUCAAAAUCCAUUCGAUAUUAUUCUUGGUCUUGCCAAUAUGCCAUUAAUGAUUAUUGGUGUUAGAGGUAUUCAUAAAAGAAAGAAGCCAUGGUUAUGGAUUUUUAUGUGGGCAAUGGUAGCAUUAGGUAUUUUAUAUUCAAUCUCACUUGCAGUAGUUUUAAUUCUUUAUUAUAAACAUAGAAAAGAUGAAGAUUUUAAAACUUCAAACUUUGGUUUUGUUCCAGAUGUUGUUGUUGAUGCCAUUAAAGCCCUUUAUUGUUUGGGAUUGGCCAUUUUUACAUCAUUUAUUAGAAAAACUUUAGACCAAACAUAUAAAAAACCAUCCAGCCAAAUGAAUCGUAUUUAA